UUACUGCUCAUGUGCCCUUUACCGAUGCUAUAUAAACCUGUUACUACUUGGGAGAUUGAGGAACAAAUCAACACGUUUCAUUCUCUUAACAAUUCUCCUUCUCAUCAUUUUCAAUUUAUUUCUCAAUGAUGACUGGAGAAAUAUGGACUCAACUGAGCUCGGCCAUUACUGGCCUAGUGCUUGCGUGGGUCAUGUUUGAGCAAUAUUUACCUUAUCAACUUCGUGGCUAUCUUGAAAAAUAUAGUCAGAAGUUAAUGAGCUAUGUGUAUCCUUACAUCCAAGUUACCUUUCAUGAAUUCACAAGUGAACGUCUCAAGCGCAGCGAGGCCUUUUCUGCCAUUCAGAGUUAUCUUGGCUCCAAUUCUACCAAGACAGCUAAGAGACUCAAGGCUGAUGUUGUCAGAAACAACGAACCCUUAGUCCUCACCAUGGACGAUUACGAAGAAGUUACCGAUGUUUUUAAUGGGGUUAAGGUCUGGUGGUCUUCGAGUAAAACCGUCCCGAAAACACAAUCUAUUUCUUUUUUUCCUGCGGCCGAUGAGAGGAGGCAUUACAGGCUCACGUUCCACAAAAGUCAUCGAGAUGUCAUCACCGAGAAAUAUUUAGAACAUGUUUUGAAAGAAGGGAAGUCGAUUGCUGUGAAGAACCGGCAGAGAAAGCUCUUCACCAACAAUCCUAGUGAGAAUUGGUAUGGGUGGAAAUCUACCAAGUGGAGUCAUGUGGCUUUUGAGCACCCCGCUACAUUUGAUACUCUGGCAAUGGAAACAAAGAAGAAGGAAGAGAUUAAGAAAGACCUUACCAAAUUCAGUAAAGGAAAAGACUACUAUGCGAGGAUCGGCAAGGCCUGGAAGCGUGGCUAUCUCCUGUAUGGCCCUCCAGGAACUGGCAAAUCCACCAUGAUUUCUGCUAUGGCUAAUUUGUUGGAUUAUGAUAUUUAUGAUCUUGAGUUGACCACAGUUAAGGACAACAGCGAGCUUAGGAAGCUAUUGAUCGAAACCACCGGAAAAUCUAUCAUUGUGAUUGAGGAUAUUGAUUGCUCACUUGAUCUUACAGGACAGAGGAAGAAAGCGAAGGAGAAAGAUGAUGACGACCAGUCAGACAAUGAGAAGGAUCCAGUUUCUAAGAAGAAAAAGGAGGCUGAAGAAGAAAGAAAAAGCGGCAGCAAGGUUACUUUAUCUGGACUUUUGAAUUUCAUUGAUGGACUCUGGUCAGCUUGUGGAGGAGAAAGAAUUAUAGUGUUCACUACCAAUUAUGUGGACAAACUGGAUCCUGCUUUAAUAAGGAGAGGAAGGAUGGACAAGCAUAUAGAGUUGUCAUAUUGCUGCUUUGAAGCGUUCAAGGUGCUAGCCAAGAACUAUUUAGAACUCGAAUGGCAUGAAAUGUUCGGAAAAAUUGAGGAGCUGUUGGGGGAGACAAAGAUGACCCCAGCUGAUGUUGCUGAGAAUUUGAUGCCCGGGUCAGAUGAAGAAGACGAGAAGGAUUGUUUGAAGCGAUUGAUUGAAGCUCUUGAGACUGCAAAGGAGGAAGCAAGGAAAAAAACUGAAGAAGAAGCGGUGUCAAAGGCUGAGAAAGCAGACAAAGAGGGUGGCGAAACAUCUUCUCAAGUAGCAAAGGAGAAUGGUGAAAUAUCAGCAAAAGAAGCGAAAGAGAAUGGUGUAAUCGCUGGAGAUUAGGGUGGAACAGUUUCAUCACACUGAACACCGUUAGGCAUUUACGAUUGUUAAGUAACUUGGAACACAGCGCUGUCAAAAUAAUAGCUGAACAAGAACAAAUUACAUUAAUCCUUUGAUUUCUGUUGUUCCUACUCUUUGACAAUCCGAACUCCCUUGACAA